AUGUUCAAAGAGCCGGAGCAAAAUUCGGGCAACAAUAACACCUCUUCAGCGACAGGCCUGAUUGUUAGCGAAUACAAGGACAAAAUUGCGGCUCUCGAAACAGCGAAUGCAGAUUUGGAGCGUACGAAUGAGCAAAAACAGAGCAAAAUAGACGCACUGGAAAAGAACUGCGACGAAUUUGAUCGUGUGGAGGAGGAAUUGAGGGAAUUAUUGUGGUCGGCCAGCGAGGAACGUAAAAAAGAUCAAGAUUUAAUCGCCCAGCUGCAGAAGAAGCUCAAAGAGACGCAGAUCAACCGAAGCGAUGAGGAGAUCCGCCAGAAAGAGGAGUUGGCCAGCUUACGUAUACAAAUGCAAAGGAGAGAGGAGGAAAUACGUGAGCUGAAAAAGGACAAUGAUGCAAAAAAGAGAAGAAUCCAGGGAUUACUAGAGGAAUUGCGUCGAGUGACGAUCAAACAAGAAGAGAGUAAGUUUGUCUGUUGUUCGAAAUUAAUAUAG